AUGGAUACAGCAGCCAAAGACGAGUCUCUCUUUAUUCACUCUGAGAUUCACAAUGUUCCCGAUGUCUCUCCCGGCGACAUCUCGGAGAAACUUGGAAAUGACUGGGAUCAACGAGAGGAGGGCAGUAUCAUUGGACUUCUGAAUGCAUCUGCCCAGCAGAUCACAGCGCUCAUUGCUCUAAGCGAUUCAACCUACGUGGUGACUCAAUGGCAGACCGCUCUGCUUUCAUGGGCUAUUCUAGGAGUAGCCAUCCUCGCCAACACAGUGCUCUUCCGAAAAUUGCCCCUCAUCGAAGGCAUUGUGACUUUCCUCCAUGUCCUCGGCUUCUUUGCUUUUGUCAUCGUGCUUUGGUGCGUGUUCGAGACUCAUCGCCCGCAGAAUUACCUUGUCAUAGUGCAAGAGCGCUGA